GUGCUAGCUCUUCGUCUCGUCCAGCGACAUCUACAACUUUGAUUUGUAUAGGAACGUUUUCGAGAUUGCUGUUUGUUAUUCAAUUCUCAUCUGUGUCGUGUAAUACGUCGUCAUGGCUAGCUCUGUCGCCUCUGCCCAGAUGAUUGUGCCGUAUCAGUGGAUCUUGAACAUUGACGAACAAGAACCGAAAACAUUUGCCUCGAAAAUGAUUCUGUUUCGUGGCGAACGAGUUUUCCGUGUGGGUUUGAAGAACUGCGCCCCAUCGCCCAUUUUAUUAUUUUUGGCUGCUGAUCUCAACAGACUCGGAAUGAGAGUGGAGGACGUCAUGUACGGGGUCGAAGAUGCAGGCACCUCUCCAGCAAAGAUGACGCAAAUGAUGAAUAAAGGCAUUAGCUUUGAUGGAAAUCUGCAGCUAUUCACGAUUCAACUUGACGAAAUGGUCACCGGACAACGGACAUUUUUGUUCCGCAUUUGCAUUAAAGGAAACGUUUCCGAAUAUUCUUAUCGUCUCUCUGAUCGUCUUGGCAAGGAUCAAUUAUGGGCUGCCAAGGACAAUCCAAAUUUUGCGGACGUUGAAUUCAUCGUGAAAGGCCAGAAACUAUUGGCGAACAAAGCCAUUCUGGCUGCCCGCAGUCCCGUGUUUGCAGCCGAAUUUGCGAAUUUGUUCUUAUUUCCGGUAAAAGACGUUCCUCAUCAGUAUCAGAUAGACGGAGUGGAACCUUCAACUAUGGAGCAAUUUCUUCACUUCAUCUACACGGGUGAACCAAUCUCAUCACUUGGGAAUGAACAACUGCUCAAGCUGGCAGUUAAAUAUCAACUAAAAACUCUUAUCAAUUUGUGCCAAGUCGCACUAAAGAAAAUUGAGACAAAACUAAUGGCGGACUUCAUGUCAUCUUUAAAAACGGAAGUUGAAAUACCUUCUUCCCAAAUCAGUCCGGAGAAAGACACGGAAAUAUUUUUUGACCGAACGACGCCCACUUUUAGAUGCGCUUUGCAGUUUCAGUUAUCUGAAAAUGGAAAAUCAAAAUGUAUGAUGCGAUAUCAAGAUGAAGAUAUUUUUGUCGCUUACUUCAGUGGAAAAAGCGAGAAAAAAAAGGAUCAUUAUCACGCAUUUCUUAUUAAACCUGUGAUUCAUUUUGUAUGCGACAUGCAUCGAAGAUUUGGCUGGAAUGUUGAGGAUAUUUAUUGCGGCAUGCAGAAACCCAACCAAUUGUUCAAAAUGGAACCGAAGAAAUUAGAAAAACAGGCGGAAUUACUUAUACGCUUAAGCGUCCAAUUGGAGUCGGAUAUUUAUUGCUCUGGGCCUUUCCAAUUCAACUUCGACAUCAAAACGGUCUGCACGAUCGGCAACUAUUAUUACGAGAUGAUGGACAACGCUUGGUUGGGGGAUUUAUGGAUGGCCGCAUUAACCAAGAAAUUGACUGAUGUUGAAAUCUAUGUUAAUAAUGUUGGGAGUGUUAAAGUCUCGGUUAAAGUGAUGGAAGCUCAUCGGGCUAUCCUAUCCGCUCGCAGUCCUGUUUUGAAUAUCUUAUUGUUGAACAAGGUCAGCAGCGCAACGAAAUCUUCCGUUAACUUUGGCGAGGGAUGCAAUGUCGAUACUGUGACACUUUUCUUGCAAUUCCUGUACACUGGUUCGUUGGAGAACGCCAACAAGGACACCAACUACAAGCAGCUUCUCGAGUUGGCCACAACGUACGAAGUGGAAACGUUGAAGAAUUGUUGUCAAGUGGCCAACGCUGUUGUUCCUCCGGAUGUUGAAGAUCUCACCAGCACUCUGCUGGAACUCUAA